UCCUCAUCUUGUUUUCCUUUGAAAGUAAAAGGAAAAAAAAGUAGCUAGAAGUACUUCAUUUAUCGAACUUGUGUGUAGCCAAGACCAGAAGUUCAUCAUCAUCAAAAGAGAGAUGGAGUUAGCAAGUAAAGCAAUAAACAUGGUGAACAGACUAAUCAACAACAACACUUUUAUCGACAUAUUCUUAGUGGGUUCUUUCGUGGCGCUUGGAGUAAGAUCGAUGAACCAGCAAAACCUUAUUGAAGCCCUAGAAGUCGAAAGAGAAGCUUUAAUUACCACCAAUAAAUCCAUCAAAAAAUCGAUGUGGGAUUGGAAGCAGCAACUUUACGCCGAUGCUUCUUCUCCUGACACCGCCAUUGUUCCUCUUUCUCGCCUCAAGGCCAUCUAUGGCGAAGUUGUCUCCGUCCCUUCUGCUCUGAAUUCAGAAAUUCAUGAUUGAAGUUCCAAUAUCAACAUGUGAGGCCGUGGGUGAAAGAUAAUCAAGUAAAGAUGCAGACAGAUGGUGUUAUUAAUGUUGAAGAUGCUUAAUCAAGGCAACAAUACAAUGAUGGGAAGGAAGCUUUUGACAUAUGUGUAAAUGGGCAGCGGCUUGUCUUCAGACUUAAAAUCUUAUGAUCAUUCCAAAGAAUAGUCGUUGCGAUGAAAUUUACGAAAUUACUUGCUAAUCUAUAACUAACAAACUCCCCUAAUAUAGUAAUAUGUGCAUAUUACAGUAAAAUGUUGGACUGGCCGUCAUGAAGGUUAAGUCAGAUUUGAAGUUUCCUUUCUUGCCUUGUACAUUUAGUCAGAUAUCUAGCACAUAUGGAGAAAAUAAACUGGCGGGUAUGGAUUAAUUUGUAUGCAAUGCAGUAGGAGGGGGGUGUCUGUGGAGUUGGAAACUUGUAGGUAGACCAUUACAGUAAAUCUUAUUAGAUGAUACAGUCAGUGGUGGUGUGCUAGCUUAGCCAUUUCUUACUUUCAAUUCUGUUAUAUGUUCAACUUUUGCAGUCGAGAUUUUGCUUAUUUGUUUUUUUUUU